AAGGGGGGGAAAGUGUCUUGGACUGCAAGGGGCAGGAAAGUGUUCCGGACUGGAAGUGGGGGGGUGAAGUGUCCGGACUGGAAGGGGGGGAAAGUGUCGCCGACUGGAAGGGGGUGGAAGUGUCCUCCGGACUGGAAGGGGUGUGAAAGUUGUCACGGACUGGGAAGGGGGGGAAAGUGUCCGGACUGGAAGGGGGGUGGGAAAGUGUCCGGACUGGAAGGGGUGAAAGUGUCUGGACUGGAAGGGGGGAAAGUGUCCGACUGGAAGGGGGGGGGGGAGUGUCCGGACUGGAAGGGGGGUGAAAGUUGUCCGGACUGGAAGGGGGGGGGAAGUGUCCGACUGGAAGGGGGGCGAAGUGUCUGGACUGGAAGGGGGAAAAGUGUCUGG